UUUUUUCUCUAUUCAGGUUUUACACCGCAUGCGUUGUUCUUGGCCUGGAGGCAUUACAUCAGCUUGGCAUUGUCCAUAGAGAUCUAAAGCUGGAGAAUUUGCUGUUGGACCGGGAUGGCUACCUUAAGAUCGUAGACUUCGGCCUCAGCAAAGACAGAUUUGGAUACAGCGACCGCACUAACACCGUGUGCGGAACAAGAACAUACAUGGCCCCAGAGAUCUACCUGAAACUGGGAUACGGCAUGGCCGCUGACUGGUGGGCCCUAGGAAUCACCAUUUACAUCAUGCUCCUGUAUGAGUUACCAUUCAACAACAAGGAUCCGGUUGAGCAAAUGAUGAGCAUCCUUUAUGAUGACAUCGAGCUGCCCGAAGACCUAUCAGAGGAUGCCUCCACUCUAAUACAAGAACUGUUAGAGAAAGAUCCUGAAUUUCGCCUCGGUUCGGGUGACGCCGGGGCUGAAAUGAUUAAAGAGCACCCCUUCUUUAGAGAUAUGGACUGGGACCAUCUGUUGCAGAGAAAAAUUACGGCUCCAUAUGUACUGGGCAACGAAGACCUGGAGAGCCAAGAGAACCCUGGAUGCCAAGCUCCAGCACUGCCACCAACUGCUGCAAGGAUUCCAUCAGAGCUGCAAGAGGCAUUCAGAGGAUUCUGAAACAACAACAAUUACACCUAAAUGAACAUCUGAUAAGUAGACGGAAUAGAUGGGGAGGGUGGAGGGCCAGUCCAUAUCCAUAUAAGAAGUCCAUUCAUAUAAAGUGAUGCUCAGGUGUCCCACCUCAAUAAGUUCUGAGUAGGCUAAUAUAGGAAUAGUCUUCUCAUGUAGCGUAAAAUAUUUAAAUCCUCACCUGUAUAACAGGCAAGUAAGAUCUAGUAGCAAGGUGAGAAACAAACAGUGUAUUUUCACACAGCUGACACUGUAACAUCCUGCCUGGAUUUGACCCAGCACCCUGCAGGUUAAUAUGCAGUCUUGUAAAAAUCUUGUAAAAUCAGGUAAAAUCUUACCUCGGUACGAAACAAACCAACAGUUGUCACUACCUCACCUUGUUUUUAUUUCCUUCCUGAGUAGGUUGCUGUUGCCUUGUUUUUAUUUCCUUCCUGAGUAGGUUGCUGUUGCCCACCGUGGGAGAUCUAAAGAAGAAGAUAUUGAAGAAGCUUUCCAUGUUUAUUCACCCCAAGGAGCGAAAAAUGUGAGGCGGAGUGGCAACAGUCAAAGGAAAUCUUAUUCCACGAUGAAGAUCAUGGAUCGUGUACUGAACAUUGUACUAAACACUGAUUGUAGUCCUUGAGAAGAAAGAAGACUGUACCCCACCUGCCAAGCGCUGCCCACUUUGCCUACCCUAAUAGGCACCAUGUAAGGAGGUCCGGGCGCCGUCUUUGCGGGCCGGUUCUUGCUGCCUGCCACUGACCUUUGCCUGACUUCGACUUUGAUUCCGUCUGAUCCCUCCUGUACCGCAUUUUGGAAAGUGAGUAGGAUCCCUGUGUAUCCCGCCGCAGAAAGCCCGGGGCCCCAAAAGGGCGUCGGUGAACACCGGGGUCGGCAGGGCUCUCCUGCCUCACUUAAGAGGUUAUUCCAUGGCAGUUCCGGCUCCUAUAUAUAUAUAUACAGUCUGUUACACACCAUUUCAUACAUAACUGCUUUGUUAUGCUCACUUUAUGUAUAUGAUAAUACAAAUAAAAAAUAUUGCUUAUCAAGA